CAUUCUUUGUGCUCUUACCUUUAACUUUGUAUACAUUCGGUUGAGUGUACUGUGCUGUUAGCGAUUCUGCUUUGUAUUUUAAAGAAAAUUAAUGAAAAUACGGUAGGACAUCAUUAUUUGUACCGAGCAAGUUAAUCGUUUAAGCUUUCUCCACUAUGGAUAUGUAUUUAAGUGCGAGUGACUCUGUAUCGCUUCAAGAAAUGUUGGAUAUUGACAUUAAAUCAGAAAUCGAAACGUUAGUGGGGGGACACAAUGAUCUUUCCGGUUUAAAUUUUUCCGAUCUUCCACCAUUAGACAUAGAAGAAAGUACAAACAUAAGAUGGAUAUCGUCUAACUCCAACCAUUCAAAUUCGAGUUUCAAUUUAGAUUUUAAUGGCGAAGAUGGUUCCACAAUGGUCAAUCCAAACGCUGUGAUGCCAAUUUCUUUGGCACAAAGCAUACGGUCUCCGUCUCCUACGUUAAAAGAGAGUCAUUUAACAUUUUCACCGUCUAGUAUUAAAAUAACCAGCUUGAAAACGGAAGCGGCCGCUUUUAAGAGGGACAUUCUCCAAAAAUUAAAUUUAGAUGAGAAGAAAACUGAGAUAAAAACCACUAAAGUUACCCCAAUUCUGGCGAAACCUAUAAUAAAGACUGUAAAUAACAAAUCGACUUUGCUCUCAUUUAAAAAUACCGUACAACACCACUUCAUUUCGUCGGUCGGCGUCACUCACAUCAACGGAAUCGGCAACGUGCGAACGAUCGCGACCAACACGCACCACCGCAAGCAGCAGCUGAACAACAAUCAACUAUGCGGAGACCUCCACAUUUACCCGAAACCCGCCUACAGCUACAGCUGUCUCAUAGCGAUGGCGCUCAAGAACAGUCACACCGGCAGUCUGCCGGUCUCGGAGAUAUACAACUUUAUGUGCAGGCACUUUCCCUACUUCAAGACGGCGCCGAACGGCUGGAAGAACUCGGUCCGACACAAUCUCUCCCUAAACAAGUGCUUUGAGAAGAUCGAGAAGCCGGCGAUAAACGGCGCGCAACGAAAGGGCUGCCUUUGGGCGAUGAAUCCGGCGAAGAUCGUCAAAAUGGACGAGGAGGUGCAGAAGUGGUCGAGGAAGGAUCCGAGCGCGAUCAAAAAGGCGAUGGUCAAUCCAGAAAAUCUGGAGUCUCUGGAACGGGGAGAGUUGAAGUUCACAUACGAAGACGCUGAUAAUUUCGGCGAUUCGUGCGGCAGCGCGGAGAGCGAAGAGGGGUCCGACGCCGAGGCGGAUGUGGAGGUUGUCGAGCAUAAUUACAACAGUGAACCACAGUUUUUUGAUAUUAGCGCUAUCAAAUCGGAAGAUGAUGACAUCGAUAUAGAGGACACAGAAUUAGUUUACGAUGAAAUGGAUAUCGAAAACGACAAGGAAGUGUUGCGGGUGGAAGUGGCGUUAGCGCAAAAAGAACUGUUGGAGUACGGCCGUUGUGCUGUGAACGGGAAGAAACGAAAAAUCUAUUAUCUACAAGACUAAAUAAUGAAGUUUAGCGAGUUCGGUUAGCCAAAGUUUAAAGGUCUCUGUAAAAGUUUAAUAGCUGUUAUUAGAAUUAUUUUAUAAUUUUAAUAGUAUAUUUUUGUAUCGGAAUCAAUUUACGUAAGCGGCUACGGCGGCCGCCGGAACUGUUACACUUUUCGAUGAUGUAAACGUUCUGUUAUUUGCCGUUGCCGAAUUUUGAUUAUGUUUUUGAUUCAACUAUACCGACAACUUUAAGUAUUUUCCUAUUUUAUUUUUAUUGUUACGAAUUAAAGUCUGACUAGAUUUAUGUUGUCGAUAUGAUUGAACUAAAUGUUAAACUUUGAGGUAUAAGAAAUGAAAAGCUGUGUUAAAAGUGGUGAUAAUGUAUAUAGCUUUCUUUUACAUUACUUAACAAAUAAUUAGUUUUUGUUUCAUUUCCCAUUCAAAUCAUUUGGCAGCAUGUAGAGUAGAUUGUGAGAUUUCCAUUGUCGGAGAGGUCAUCUGCCAAAAAUAUUCAAAUUACACCUCUCCGAUAAUAGAAAUUCUUUAGCAGUAUUUGGCAAUUCCUUUGCAAAAUUGUCGAUUAAUCGUGCAAACGAAUUGCAAUUUUUACAGUUAGAAAUAAGAUGUGCCUUUGCUCAAAUUACUAAAACAGUUGCUACAAAAAAAAGGGGACCAUUUUCUUUCGUUUCAAUUUUGCUAAUCUUUGAAUUUGACGUCGCAAAAUUAUGUCCAUAUGUGGAAUGGGCGGCCAUUUUUCUGUACAAAACAUUUAAUGUAAAUCAGACAGGUUUACUACUUAUUCAGGGAUAAAUGUCCUAUAGUUAACGUAAUGACGAUCGGGUCUGAUAAGUAGUCGUAAAUAAAUUAGCGGUAACAUUGUAAAUGAUCAAGAAUGGCUAGUAUGUGUACUUCUAGUUUGAUUUUAAACGUUCCGUGUUUAUACUUGUAUGUAAGCUUUAAAAUCGAUCUAGGACUUAACGAACUAACUCUUUCGUUGUAAUACCUAAUGUAGAAAUAUGACCUAGUUGUAAUUUUUGUAGUUUUACAAAAUUAAUGUGCGUUGCGUGUACAAAUUUCUAGUUUUAAGGUGGUUGUAUUAGUAAUUCAGAAUAAAACAUUGUGAUUUUUA